CAGAUACUCCUUCUUCACCACUUUCUCGUGCCUGCAGAGAGAUUGGGGGGCAAACGCGUGAGGACUUCAGGGCUCUUAAUAUUUAUUGCUUUUCUUCUGCAUGUCAUCAUGCGCUGGCUGCUGGCUGGAUGCUGGGGGCUCGCUUUCAUCAGCUUCUCAGUGGCCCCAGACUCCGACAUCACCCAGAAGCCCCGGUUCUAUGGCGUGAGAACCAGACGCGACGUGGGCAUCUGCUGCCUAUCCCCCCAGGUUGGGCUGGUGCCCGGGGCGAUGUGGUACAAGGCCGACCGGCACGGAGAGGAGGAGGCAAACAGGCGUAAGAUAGUGGCCAGCAAAAAGUACCAAUUUUUUGACAGCCAUUCUCAAAAGAAGUAUCUGCUCGUGCACAAUGUGCGCGUGGAGGACAGCGGGGUGUACUUCUGCAAGCUGAACGGCACCUGGGGACCCGGGACCGCUCUUCAAGUUGCCAGGGUCGUGGACGUUCCCACCGCUGUGCACAGGACCAAGAUGAAGGACGGACUCAUCGUCCUGCAGGGCCUGCUGCUGGCUGCGUGCAUUGCUGCUGUGCUGCUGCGCAAGCGACAACUGUCGGAAAAGAAAGAGAUCAUAUACGAGGAGCCUGAAACGGAUCACAUCUAUGAGGGUUUGGCGAUCGAGUCGUGCGGAGGAGGCGAGUAUGAGGAGCUCUCCGUGUACGCCCGGGCUGAUGAAACCGAGGCCCCGUGGGAGUGAGACGGCCUCACCAUAACGUACUAAUAUAAAGUACUAAUUGUUGGAGGGAAAGGUUGGACUUAGCCUACGUUUAGAAUAUAUAUCACCGCUUUACUUUGCUGUGAGACAAAUGUGUGCCCCUCAGUCACAAGACUCCAAUGACAAAAUCACAUAUUUUGCCGAGCAGUUAAUACUCCACUGCUGCCUUCAUCCAUUAGUUAGCUGGUUUUAUUUGGGGCCUGAUGAAGGGCUAGUUUUUAUUUAAAUACACAGAGCCUAUGUGGAGAAAGAGCAGCAUGUGCUCUAAAUGACUGUGUUUAACGAUGAACACUGGUGGCCUGGAUACCGGCGUCUUUUACUUGGAGGCGAUGGUAAAACAAUGACAAUGUUCCAAUUUAUAUAUAACGCACAUGUGAACUGCUUGAAAUGUGUUUUCGCUGCUGCUUUGCUCCGAAGGAUCCUGUGUGUAACUCCGCAUUGAACAGAAUACACUGAUACUUACUUCAAUCGGAUUCCUCUCUUUAGGAGUACUUGAGGAGGUUGGUCAUGAUUCUUCUUUGUUUAGAAAUGUGUCACAUUGUACAUGAUUUAUUGCUAUUCAGUACAACUGGAGUCAAUUAGUGAGCUGUGAUUUUAAAUGGAAUGACCUGGAAGGGAGCAAUUGUGUAAGUUAGAUUCAGCAGAUUGCUUUUUGGUGCUUCAAGAAGUUUUUUUUUUUUUUUUAAUGUAUGUAAAGUGUGAGGGUUUAAAAUGACUUAUCUUAAGUUAAUCUAUUUCUAACAGCGUGUGCAUUACAGCCUGAAAAAGACCCUGCUUAAUGUUUGAUUAUUAAAAAAAGUGUUUUAUGUACGAGAUUAAAAACAAUGAAUCGUUUUC